CUUUCCCAGCGGCUGGCAGCCUCGCACGUCUCAUUGGUCGCUGAAGCUACCGUCCCAGGGCAUUAAUGGCAGGGGCCGACACAGGUCCUUCGCAUUUAGCCUCUCCACCUGGCGGGUAGUGCAGCUGAAGAGAGCGGGACCUGCAACACCUGGGCAGCAGCUGGCAGCCCUGGAGGACCCGGAGGCCGCCGGUCGCCCCGAGGCACCGGAGGACGAAGAGGAUGAAGAGGAGACAUUGCCGCACUCCGAGGCCGUCGAUGUGUUCCAGGAGGGUCUCGCCAUGGUGGUGCAGGACCCGCUGCUCUGCGAUCUUCCCAUCCAGGUUACUUUAGAAGAAGUCAACUCCCAGAUAGCACUGGAGUAUGGCCAAGCAAUGACAGUCCGAGUGUGCAAGAUGGAUGGAGAAGUAAUGCACUCCCACAUGUCCAUGGUUGCAGCUGUGGUCGUCGUGCAGAAUGCCACGGUCUUAGACCUGAAGAAGGCCAUCCAGAGAUACGUGCAGCUAAAGCAGGAACGUGAAGGAGGCAUUCAGCACAUCAGCUGGUCCUAUGUAUGGCGAACAUACCAUUUGACCUCAGCUGGAGAGAAGCUCACAGAGGACAGGAAGAAGCUCAGAGAUUAUGGUAUCCGGAAUCGAGAUGAAGUUUCCUUCAUCAAAAAACUGAGGCAAAAGUGAACCCAGACAAGGACAAUUAUUCUCUGGUGAUCUGGAGUCUCCCAGCAAGAUGGAGCCCUCUCCUGAUACUCGCAGAAAAGGGUGUUGGGGUAGCUGCAUCCCUGGUGUGCCUGUAACCCUGGUGUACCCAGCUGGAGCUGUCAGCAUGAGCCCUGAGGCCCUGAGGACUAGGAUAGGAUGAGCCUCUGUCUCUUGCUUGCCUAUGAAUUUGACCCUGAAGAUCUCACAUGGCUAUAGGCCUGGCCCACUGAAUAAACCUGUUUGCUUUGUA